GUGACUCCCUCCAUCUCCCCACCUCAACUGCCACCUAAUAAAAUAAAGCUAUCCUAACCCAAGUCAAAGUCAACUCAAAAGACACCAUAUUCCCCGCCAGAUAACCAUGAACGAAGAUCAAGAAGAAACAGAAAUUGACACAAUUUUCCUCACAGUCUCCAAAAUCAACAAACAAACAAACAAAAAAAAUACCCCUUUCCUUCACAAAAAGAAAGAAAGAAAGAUAGACAAUAGAAAACAUUCCAAGAAAAGCAAAUGGAGAUCCCAAAAUCUGAUAAUAACACAACACAAAAGAAACCCCCAAUAGUUUCAUCAUCUACAAAGUCAUUUAACAAUGUUCUUCCUUACCAAACUCCUAGAAUAGGUGAGCACUAUACUCUUGGCAAGAAACUAGGCCAAGGACAAUUUGGGACAACUUAUUUAUGCACAGAAAAUGCAACAGGCCUUGAAUAUGCAUGCAAAACAAUCCCAAAAAGGAAACUUUUUUGUAGGGAAGAUUAUGAGGAUGUUUGGAGAGAGAUUCAAAUAAUGCAUCAUUUAUCAGAACACCCUUAUGUUGUGAGGAUUAAAGGGACUUAUGAGGAUAAUUUGUUUGUCCAUAUUGUUAUGGAGGUGUGUAAAGGGGGUGAGCUUUUUGAUAGGAUUGUACAAAAGGGUCAUUUUAGUGAGAAAAAAGCUGCACAAUUGAUGAAAACUAUUGUGAAAGUUGUUGAGGCUUGUCAUUCUCUUGGUGUAAUGCAUAGAGAUCUCAAACCUGAGAAUUUCCUUUUUGAUAGCUCUGAUGAAGAUGCUAAGCUUAAGGCUACUGAUUUUGGCUUGUCUAUUUUCUAUAAACCAGGGCAGUAUUUCUCAGAUGUUGUAGGAAGUCCUUAUUAUGUUGCUCCUGAAGUGUUGCACAAAUACUAUGGGCCUGAAAUAGAUGUCUGGAGUGCUGGAGUCAUCCUUUAUAUCUUAUUAUGUGGGGUUCCUCCUUUCUGGGCUGAGACGGACAAUGGCAUCUUCAAACAGAUAUUGAAAGGAAAGAUAGACUUCGAAUCAGAACCUUGGCCUCAGAUUUCUGAUAGUGCAAAAGAUUUGGUAAAGAAGAUGCUCACCAGGGAUCCUAGAGCGCGAUUAACUGCGCAUCAAGUUCUAUGUCAUCCUUGGAUUGUGGACGACAAUGUCGCUCCAGACAGACCCUUGGGUUCUGCAGUUUUGUCACGCUUAAAGCAGUUCUAUGAUAUGAACAAACUUAAAAAGAUGGCUUUACGAGUCAUAGCAGAACGACUUUCGGAGGAAGAAAUAGGUGGCCUAAAGCAAUUAUUCAAGAUGAUUGAUACAGAUAACAGCGGAACAAUCACAUAUGAAGAACUAAAACAUGGUUUGAAAAGAGUAGGAUCUGACUUAACAGAGACUGAAAUCAAGGCCUUGAUGAGCGCGGCUGACUUUGACAACAAUGGCACUAUCGACUAUGGUGAAUUCAUCGCUGCAACAUUGCAUUUGAACAAGAUGGAGAGGGAGGAGAAUUUGCUUGCUGCAUUUUCCUACUUCGACAAGGACGGUAGUGGCUAUAUCACCAUUGAUGAGCUUCAACAAGCUUGCCAAGAGUUUGGCUUAGGUGAUGUUAAAUUGGAUGAUAUUAUCAGAGAGAUUGAUAUAGACAAUGAUGGACGCAUAGACUACGGGGAAUUUGCAACUAUGAUGAAGAAGGGAAAUACAGGAGGACUAGCAGCCAGGACAAUGAGAGGCAAUUUGACCUUCAACUUGGCAGAUGCUCUUGGAGCAAGUGACAAUGACAAAGGUCAAUAGGACAUUGUUUUCCAUUUGUAUAGCCUCAUGAAUGUUAAAUCCAAUUCGUCAAUCUAAUUUUUUAUUUUUAUUCUUGUGAUUUGCUAAAGGAAAUUGUUAUAUAGAUAUUGUAUACAACUUUAAUUAACUACUACACUUUAAAUUGUAGUGAUUGUUCCUCUAUCCAAUUAGAGGACCUGUCCUUCAAUUUGGAAAAGUUAGAAUUCCUUUUCAUGUACCUCUAUGUAAUGAUGAUGAACGGCACGCACAUUCUAUACGUGAAAAAAUGCACUUGAUUGGUGUAA